CGGCUGAGGGCGACAGCGAGCGGCGCACAGCGCUCCUGUGUGAGGCGACUGAGACGUGAUGCGGAGCGGACCACCUGUCGGCCGUUCAAAGGUCGCCGCAUGAGUUCUAGCAGGACUCUGGGACGCGUUUGGCGGUGCUGUUGGUCGCUGUGAGUAGGGCUGGUCAGCCAUGUGACAGUGAUGAGACCUUUCCGAGUCGUGAGCGUCCGGCCGCUCGUGCUGCUCCCUGUGGCCUUGGUCUGCCUACUGGGCUUGCUGGUGUUCACCGUCAUUCGUGGCAACUUCUCCAGAAAAGAGUCGUACCGACGGCUAUUCAACCGAGACGCGGGACAGGAGGUCUGCCUCCAAAGGAGCGCCAAGCGCGGCGAGCCGCUGCACCGGGCCCUCGAACUGGCACCAUGUCGCAGAAAUGUCGGAACGUCCGAUGAUGAUCAGAGCUUCCAUCUGAGUGCGGAGGGCCUGCUGCGCGCCGUCGACGGCCUGUGCGUGGACAGCGGGCUCCGCUUGGUACCCUGUCACGGCCAGCAGCACGCCUGGGCCUUCACUCAGGGCUCGGGCCUGGUACACGUCGAGUCGGGCCGGUGCCUGACGCGCGGCGCCGGCCCGGAGGUCGCCCUGCUCGUCUGUGACGACCGACCGCACCAGUACUGGUGGCUCCAGCGGGACCGGCAUGAUCUGGCGGCGUGACCCCGGCCAGCGACGUCUCCGACGGGGAGACGUCAGGGAGCACCACGCGGCGGGGAGCCAGGGGACGAGAGGCCCUUGUCUACUCUGAAGAUCACUGCCGGAUGUGGGGACAGCACGGCACGGCGAUGAUGUAGCUCAUUCGUGGGCAGCAGCUCUGGCUCGCAGCUCGAUGACGAUAUUAUCAGAAAUGCCUCGGUUCAAUGCAUUUCAACGUUCAUACAAAUAGUGAACAAAGCUGUGUUGGCUGUAAAGCUGUAGCAAAGUAUUUAGUAAUAUACAAUAUUGCAUUGAUUUGUU